UCGAGUCCUUGAGCUUUACAAGCAGCCUGGCGUCCAGCACAAGCAGCCUGGCGUCCAGCACAAGCUACCUGAGCAGUUCGUGCGCUUGAUGAGGAACAGACUCGAUGCGAGCACAGCUGCUAUCGCAUGUGCUCGCGUACCUCGACGCGGUCAUCCAGUAGAUGCAGUGUGAUUGCAUCCCCAAGUCGUCGAACACGGUGUGGCACGCCAUCAUACCCCAGCUUUGUACGUUCGUGCGACUCCGCCCUCACAUUCGCAUCGUGUUCGAUGGGCAUCGAGGGCACCGUCAUGCCGCUUUCCAUCUCCUAUGCGAGCGACAUUCCAUGUCAAUGUGUGGACAUCGUCUCCGUCUGCGCGGGCCAGAUCACCACCAUUCCAAUCCCCUUCGUGAACCUGGCCCGCGCGCUGUCGGGCCCUGACGUGAAAAGUUUUGGCUGGAUCGUUGAGCUGAGGACGACUGGACUCCUGCUUCGUAUGGAGAAGCUCAAGGACCCGCCGGCAUGCGUUGACAUUUACGCGUAUGGACAGUCCGCGCAUACGUCUCGGAGGAGUAUAUCGGUGGGAUGUCAGCUGGUGGCAGGCCAGCUGCGUGUGUUCAUUGGGGCUAUGUGUUCGAGUUUGAUGACGAGAGGCAGACGGAGAUCGAGGUUAUCCUGGGCUGAUUGAGCACCUGCGGAUCACAGGUUGGGAGAGCGUGCUGACUCCGUUGAGCGUCAC